AACCAAGAGCUCUGAGACAAAAAGCGCCAAGAAAUAUGACAAUCGAGAGCAUCGAGACCACUCGCCAGGAGAUGAAGUCCUACUGGACGGAGCACAGCUCCAACACGGACAUCGAGACCAUGAUGCUCGACUCGAACGCCAAGGUCCUUCACCAACUCGAGAUGCCCGAGAUCCUGGAGCGCGCCCCCUCCAUGGAGAACAAGGACGUGCUGGAACUGGCCGCUGGUAUUGGGCGCUUCACGUUCAUCAUCGGCAAGAGCGCCAAGAGCCUCACGGCCGUGGAGUUCAUCGAAGACUUCCAUAAGGCCAACGUCGCCACGAACGGCCAUCUGGACAACGUCACGUUCCUCUGCCAGGACGUCGUCAACCUUGAGGCUGAGCCCAACUCCUUCGACGUUAUCUUUUCGAACUGGAUAUUCAUGUAUCUGGGGGACGAAGAGGUGAAAAACUUCGCCAAGAAAGCCGUCAAGUGGCUGCGUCCCGGUGGCAAACUCUUCUUCCGCGAGUCUUGCUUCAGACAGUCAGGAGACGUGAAACGCAACACGAACCCGACGUACUACCGUCAUCCUUCGUUCUACGUGGGGGCCUUUGGCUCUGUUGUGUCAAAGGGGGAGAAUGGAGACCUGGGUUACUUCAACCUCGAGUCGUCUGGCAGCAUCGCUGUGUACCGCAACAUCAAGAAGAACAACGGACAAGUUUUCUUCGGCUACACAAAGGCCAUCAAACAGGGGUCCAACGACAGUAACGAAGCCAUUGCCACUUUCCAGAAGUUCCUCGAUGAGCAACAAUACUCCAACCAGAGUAUCACUCGUUACGAGAAGAUCUUUGGAGAGGGAUAUGUGAGCACUGGUGGACAGACUACUACCACUGAGUUCGUUGAGAAACUCAACCUCCAACCGGGUGAGAGGGUGCUAGAUGUGGGCUGUGGGAUCGGCGGAGGUGACUUCUACAUGGCCCGCCAGUUCGGCGUCUCCGUUGUGGGUAUCGAUCUCUCCACCAAUAUGGUUCACCGCGCUCUUGAAACGUCCAUGAAGGACCCAAGUGUCGACGUGGAAUUUGAGAUCUGCGACGCCACUAAGAAGGAGUUUGCCGACGCUUCCUUCGACGUCGUGUACUCUCGUGACACCAUUCUGCACAUUGAGGACAAGGAAGCAUUGUUUGCCAAGUUCUUCCGUUGGCUGAAGCCUGGAGGUCGUGUCCUCAUCUCGGACUACUGCCAAGGCGAGCAGGAGCCUUCGGACCGCUUCAAAGCGUAUGUUGCAGGUCGUGGAUAUUAUUUGUUGUCCCCGUCUCAGUACGGUAGAGUGCUGGAGUCUGUGGGGUUCACAUCUGUCCAGGCUGAAGACCGUACGGAGCAGUUCGUGGGGGUCUUGAAAGAUGAGCUGACUCGCACACUAGCACAAAAGGAGCAGUUUGUUGCGGAGACGAGCGAGUCGGACUUUAAGUACAUCGUCGAUGGUUGGGAGGCCAAGAUCGUUCGUUGCGGGGAGGGCGACCAGAAGUGGGGUCUGUUCUACGGCAAGAAGGAGUAA